AUGUUUCUUUCUGCAUGCACAGCUCUUAUCUUUUUCCAUGCCCGAUCCUCGUAUAGUAUAGCCUCAGCAUCACUUACUAGUCCCAUCCCCACAUUUCAGGAAUUCUUCCAACGUCGUAUUCAAGCGAGUGGACCUAUUAUUAGACAAACCUUCCCAAUGGAACAGGACGACGAUGCAUGGUCAUAUUCAUUUCCGCCUUCAAUGGAGGACCUUACCUCUCCGGAAGCCAAUUCGUCCCAAAUUGGUUCUGAAGAGAGCGGCAGCAACGAUGCCUCUAGCAAAGUUUCUGAACAAGUCAUUGAGGAAUUGAUGGGUACAAACACAGUAAGUGGCGACAGCCUAGGGAAUUCCACCAUAAAAAUUGCCCCAUCGUCCCUGUUUGAUGGCUCAAUGGGUUCAGACUUGACGAUACCCAAAACACCGAAAACACCCAAAGGAAGACGGAGAACGGUCGAUCUGGAGCAAGACUUGGAACAGCGGAUCAUCCAGGUACCCAAAUACAACGAGUCGUCGUCUUUGAGGUCGGAAUUGAGUGUUGCAGGCGACGCCAGUCAGACCAAUGGGGGUCCCAUCGCAGGCGAGACAUCUUCGAGAGUCAGCACCGGUCAAAGCAGUAAUGGCGCCGAUUCUUCGUUGCACCUACAGCCGGCGUUUAUGCUGAAGCCAGCCUUGCCGGCGGAUCCACAGACGACCAUGGAAGAUGUCAACUCCAUCAUGUCCAAGGAAGGUGUUGCGAACACCUCCAAGUCGAACGAUGACGGAAGCGCAGGCCUGCCGCAGACAUCCCCAGUAGCCGGUAGUGAGUUCCGGAACUCACUUCGUAUGUGGCAGCAGAAAAGUUCGGAGGCAGAGCCCGCUGAUGUGCGUGUAGAGCCUAGCGCUAGCUCCGUAGACUCUGGCUUCGUCCGUAGAACCUUGACGAGUAUGACAUCCCCUAUCUUUGCAUAUGGCUCCAAACCAGAAGAUCCAGACAGACUAAACGGGACAGAAGCGUCCCCGAAGGUGAUCACCUAUCGGAAGAAUACACAUGAACGAAAAGAGAGCGACUCGUAUUCCGAGCUCUUGGAUAAAGAAGAAAGAUUCGACCCGAAACUCUAUGUGAGCGAAAAAUAUAAGGACACAUCAUACAGAUAUGCCACGAUACGGAGAAAUGUCGAUUUCCAUCAGAUUUUUCGAAGCCACGAUCUCACUGAUAGACUUCUAGACGAUUUCGCUUGCGCCUUGAGCCGAGAGAUUCUACUCCAAGGACGUAUAUACGUUACAGAGCAGUCGGUUUGCUUCAACUCGAAUUUGUUGGGAUGGGUCACUAGUCUUGUUAUUCAAUUUGAGGAGAUUAUCCGCAUCGAAAAGAAGUCAACUGCUGGCCUCUUUCCAAAUGGAAUAUUGAUUGAAACUAAAGACGCAAAGCACAAUUUUGCCAGCUUUUUGUCUCGUGACGCAACCUUCGAUUUCAUCAGGACUGUUUGGCUGAAGGCAGUCGGAAAGGACUUGUCAGACUUGGACCUAGUCUCCUCAGAAGAGUCUCAGGGAACAGAUGUCAACGAAGAUCUACAAACGACCUCACAAAGGAGAAUCUCCAAUUAUAUUAUGUCUAUUGAUGAGGAUGCUCAAGGCGGAGAAGCAUGGAGCGAGAAUAGUUUGGAUAUCACUGAAAAUGAUGAUGACUACUCAUCUGAAAAUGAAGAGAACAUUGUUGCAAUUGCUGAAAAAACUGAAGUUCUGCCUCUUGAAACAUUGGUCAACACAACAACCGAUCAUCUUGAAUGUGUUGACCUAAAGGAAACAUCAAAGUAUCAAAACAAGGGACCUCUUGUAAACCAGCCUACGAACAUAGGAAGAGCUUUUGAGGAUUCUGAAAAUGAAAUUGAAGUUGCCAAUGCAAUCAUACCUGCUCCGUUGGGAAUUGUGUUCGAUGUGAUGUUUGGAAGCGCAAAUACAGACUUUCAUAAAAAGGUUUUGGAGAGUCAAGGAGCAACAGAGGUUUCAGACUAUGGCGCUUUUCUGCCGAAUGACGAGGAUGAAGCCUUAAUGGAAAGAAAAUAUACAUAUAGGAGACCACUUGGAUAUUCAAUUGGCCCAAAGUCCACAAAAUGUUGCGUGAGUGAAAUCAUUGAACAUUUGGAUUAUUCAGACCAUGCAGUGGUCCUCUCAAUUACUUCUACUCCAGAUGUACCUUCUGGUGGAUCAUUCACCGUCCGCACUAGAUACUAUUUCCUGUGGGCAGAUGGUAAUCAAACACAAAUCAAAAUUGCCUUUUAUGUCAAAUGGUCUGGUACCUCAUGGAUUAAAGGCAUGGUUGAAAAGCUGACCCUGUCAGCACAACAUACAGUGAACAAGGAAAUUCUAGAAAUGCUCAAACAAGAGGUUGAGGACCACACAUAUAAAAAGACGGGAGCAAGUAAGGUUGCAGUAACGCUAGAAAAACAGACCAUUACUCAAGUUCCAAAGAGAGUACAUGCGAAGUCUAGGGAUGAAAAAAGAAGGCCCAAGCACGAGAUCCCUGAAGCCAACACCGGCUGGACAAAAGACUACGUUCCAAUGUCUUUCCUUGCUUUCUUCGUUGCUUUCAUUUUUAUUCUAGUCUUGAUGCAAUGGAGACUUGUUAAGCUUUCAUCCGAGACCAAAAAUCUCAUUGAGCAGCAGAUGCAAUUGACUUCCAGCUUGGUGCAAUUGAUUAUGAAGAACUCUCCGGAAGGUCGCACAGCAGUGAGUUCGGGAAAUGAAGCCCAAGAACAAGCCGCUUUGCUAGUUAAACAGGCGCUACAAUUGCUUGAUAAGACGCAAUCAUAA